GCAGGCAGAAGCAAGACGAACGUCUCCUAGCGGAGGCCAUCGACAACUUCCGCCAGCAGUUCCAGCAGCCCAGCAGCAGGCGCGAAUUCGACCUGAAUGACCCUGAAGUGCUGAAGAAGCAGGAAGGGGUGCGCAUUUUGCCUGGGUUGGUAGGUGAGGAUAUGGACAACUUAGAGAGGACACGGAGACAACAGGAGCAGCUGAGAGACUGGACCUUACAACAGCAGCAGGAGCUGAACCAGGCGAAGGAGCUGCAAAGACUGCAAGCGCAGCAGUAUGAUCAAAGCACACUAAGCCUGGAUAACCGAGCCCUCGAGCUGCAGAAGAUGGAGGAAGAGUACAGGAGAGCCACCAACAUCAAAAUCCAGGACUUUAAUCGAGCUCUGGCGGACAAAUUGCGAGCGCAGAGAGAAAGAGAGCAUUGCAAGGAAGAGGAGAACAACCAAGGUGAUAACCUGAACCAUCUGCAGGGGGAGCUGCUGAGCGAGAGCAUACAGCAGAGCGCAAGAGUGCACAGGGACUGCUACAAAGGCAUAACACCCGAGCAGAUCCGAGAAUUCACCAACUGUCAGCGGCAGCAAGCUGAGGAGAAGAGGCGUGUUCUCAUGGAGCAGAGGAAGGAGCAGCUGCAGGAGGACCGCCUGCUCAUGGCUUCAGCUCGGGCCGCACUGCUGCAGGAGAGACAGCAAGCGAGAAUGAACAAGGAGCUGCGCAGGGCUGUGGAUAAGACUAACCUACAACUGGCCCAGGCUCAGCAUGCACAGAGGAAGAAGGAGGUUUAUACCAGCAUCCCAGAUGAGAGCUUCUUCUCCCAGUUCAAUAAGUGCAGCAGAUAGAAAUAUCAUUAAAUAUCAUCAGGAAUAAAUAAAUAAAGAUCCUGUUUAACAUAAAAUGUGGCUUGCCUUUAUCUGUACUGGGGAUGUAUCAUUUAUA